GUGGUACAGGACUACAGGUGGCCCUCCCCUUCCCGUUCCCAGUCCCUCCCUCUCCCUCCUCCACAAAAAACACAGGACAUCACGACACUGGCAGAUUAGACAAGCUGCUUCCUUUCCAGCAGAGCCCCUGCCUGUAUGGAGCCUGAAGUGCCCCGUGGAGGCUGAGGGAGUGCUGUAAGGAGUGUCCAAACACCACCAUGGGCGCCCUAGCAAGCAGACAGAGUGCAGGGGUGGAGGAGGUGGACAUUGGGGUCAACCAUGCAUACAGAUACCCGCCCAAGUCAGGAAACUACUUCAGCAGCCACUUCAUCAUGGGGGGUGAGCGCUUUGAGACGGCUCAGCCUGAAAUGUAUCUUUUUGGGGAGAACAUGGAUGUCAACUUCUUAGGCUCACGUCCUGCUCCGUUCCCUUACCCGGCACCAACAGCCAACGAGCCCAGCAAGACCCUCAAGGCACUGAUCAAUAUCAGGAAGGAGAGUCUACGCUUCGUCCGAGCCCCAGAUGACUCAGCCACACUCAAAGGGCCGGAUGAAGGCUCCCAUCCAUCCAGGUUCAACAUUGAGUUCACCUUUGACUGUGAUGUUCGGUGCGCCAUUACCAUCAUGUACUUCUGCACGGAGGAGGUUACCACCAGUGGGAUGAUAUACACACCACGGGAUCCGUCAAUGAACUCAGAGACUUACCACUACAAGCGUGGCGCCAAUCAGCAGUUUUCCCAAGUGUGCCAUGUGUUUGACCCUUCACUAUACCCUGAGGAGGACUUGGUGUACAGCUUUGACCGGGAGAUGCUGCCCAUUGUGAUCUACUGUGUGGCAGAGGAGGGGGAAGAGCCCAGACAGUCCCAUGCCACCUUUGCAGUGGUGGAGAAGCACUCAGAUGGCUUUGCACUCAAACCUCUUAAGCAGAAACUGUUUGUAGAUGGCCUCUCUUACCUCCUGCAGGAAAUUUAUGGCAUAGAAAACAAGAAUGCUGAUAAGGUUUCAACAGAGGAUGACACUGAGGACAACGGUGCUGAGUGUGUCAUCUGCAUGUGUGACCUGCGUGACACUCUCAUCCUGCCUUGCCGACACUUAUGCCUCUGCAACUGUUGUGCUGAUUCGCUCAGAUACCAGGCCAGUAACUGUCCCAUCUGCCGAGCUCCUUUCCGUGCCCUGCUGCAGAUCAAGGCCCUACAGAAACUGUCAGGGUCUGCCACCAAUGCACAGUCCACCACAGAGGGAGGUGAGAAUAUCCCACCUGGGUAUGAGGCAGUGCCACUUAUAGAGGCCCUCAAUGGGCCAUCUGCAGCACCCCAGCAACCCUCAGCUCCCAAUGCCCAUGAUCUGUAUGUGCAACUGCCCCAGAACGCCACCGACACCCCAGCUGAGGUUCUUCCACGCACUGAGGCCUCCAGCAGGUGCUUCAUGGAGGGGUUAGGGGUGCGGGCAGGCGCCGGCACACUGGAGGACUCCACUACCCAGACUGAGCGGCCGCCCAGCGCUUGCGACAGCACUACCCAGAGUGUUGGGAUGCCAGAGAUGCGCAUGUCAGUCCUUUUGGCGCAGGAGUCGGAGGAUUUGUCCAAGGGUGAUGCUCCCCCGGCAAGCAGCCCUCGGCCACCCACCAAGAAGAAGGCGAGCCAGAAACACCUGAGGGACAAGCAGCAGUUUGGUUCCAAGGACAGUGUGAAAGUGGUGAAUGAGCUUGGGGGACCACACAGCUUGGAGAUAAUCAAACCUUCAGCAAGAAAACAAUUCAUGCAGGUGGUGGACCCAGCAGAGACUCGCAGCCUCUUGGAUGAAGACCGACUGGAGACAAACUUUGGGGCAGAGCGAGAGCGUCAUCCGAGACUGGCCAUGGAAGACAUGCAGCCCGACCUGAGAGCUCCACAGGCUGAGGAGGAGGAGGAGGAAGAAGAGGAGCAGGAGGCACAGGAGGAAGGGGCAUGUGGAAGGGAAGGGGAGGGAGGGAAUGUGGAAUUCGACUCAAGUGGAGUGGAGGAAGAGCUGCAUUGUCCCCCUUCCCCCUCCACACCCUCCCCCACACUCACCUCCAGAAAGGACCAGGAGAGGGAACAGGAAAUCCCGGAUAGUGAGGAGAGAAUUCGUGCAGGCCGGAGUCAGCAAUCAGCACCAUCCUCGCCGAGUGGAGCAGUGCUGAAUUUGACGCAACAGAGUGACUCUCUCUCCCUGCCUGGCACACCACUCAGCAAUGCCUCAGCCAUCAGCAGGUCCUCAGAUGCCUCAGUCAGCUCUGCCUCCUCCACACGGGCGCUGCUCUCCCACCCUGCCCACACUUCCUCUGCCAGCAUUGUGUGAGACAGGGAAGGCUGUGGUUGCAUGUUCUCCACUUGACUGAGAACAUUGGAGCAGAUUUGACUCUCUCUCUCUCUCUCUCUCUCUCUCUCUCUCUCUCUCUCUCUCUCUCUCUCUCUCUCUCUCUCUCUCUCUCUCUCUCUCUCUCUCUCGUUUUACAUUCUUUAAUUGGGAGGAUCUAGUUUUAGUUGCCUCAUAUUGUUGUUAUAUUUUACUUUCAUAAUUCAAUUAAGGAUAUUUUCUGAACACAAGGUGUGACAUAAACUUACUUGUAAGGAAGAGGAACAAUGGAGAUUAAAGGGAAGUAGUCCUUGCUUGCUGUUGUACAAGUUAACACUUCAUUCUUCAGUCCUAAUCAUGCUGCUUUCUUCUAGUCAGUCUCCUAAUCUCAAAGGGGUGCUAAGAUAAAUUACUUAUGUCCUUGUAAAGUCUUUAGUCGGUUACUUCGGCUUAGAAUUGUUGGGCUGACUUGUGCAUACAGCGACAGACCAAUGCCAUGGCCUAUGAUGUGUAAAAGAAUGCUGUGUAAUUUUAAGUCUCAGGAUACUAAUAGUUGAUGACUCCAAGUCAAGACCAAGAAUCUGCACAUCACAAAGUCUAGUGCAGUGUUAAUAAUUAAUAUACAGGUAAUUCUGAAGAUCUUUCUCUCAGAAUAUCUUCCUCUCUGAUCACAGCUUCUUGACUCACUGAGGAACAUGGGCCAAUCUGUGUCUGCUCAGCCACAACAAAAACCAAUCUCCAGUCUCCAGAUUAAUGUUCAUCUCCUGAGUUGAUUUAGCUAUCUUAAAUUUUGUUAUAAUUUUAAGGAAUUGUUCUCAAACAAAAUUGUACAUGGAGAAAAAAAUUCAUGCUAAGGUAACUGUCCUAAUGGCUUGAACAGGCCAUAAUAAUAAUUAAAUUAGUGUAAUCUCGGCAUUUCAUGUUUUGUUUAUAAAAGAAAACUUCUAUAUUCAGUUUAUAUAUAUAUAUAUAUAUAUAUAUAUAUAUAUAUAUAUAUAUAUAUAUAUAUAUAUAUAUAUAUAUAUAUAUAUAUCCACAGUAUUUGUCUUGAUGAAGUAUUUUCUUUGAUUGAAACAGUGAAUACAAUUACUGUUCUUCAAAGAAACAUCAAAGUAGGUCACAUUAUCACUUCUCUAAACUUGUCAACAUUUGGCAUUGAAGAUGGGAGCAGGCUGUCUCCUCACAGCAUUCAUACAAAAUACUUUAAAUUUAAUCUGGAAGUGAUUGUCACUCCAGGAGGAAGGUUAGAAUUAAGGUGCAUUUGAUAGAUUAGCCAUGUGUUUCUUGGGUUGUGUUUGUCAAGUAUGUUUAUAAGGUUAAACAAGUUACCUGUUCAGAACCCUUAGAUCUGAUUAUUCUGUGAUUAUCUUCAUGAAAUGUAUGAGGUAUUGAGUUAGCAUAUAUGUUUGAGGUGGUGGUAAUUCCAGAGGCAUUUCUCGAAGAAAUGUCUUCCACCUGCAGGCCUUACUUACAAUUUCCACUGUAUAUGUGAAACAGUCAGGCAUUAUCUCAAAGCACAAACCCCAUCUGUGUCUAUUUGUUAUGCGUUAAAAAUGCUUCCAUUUGCUUAAUUUUAGAAUGACAGUGAAUUGCUUCAUAUUGGUGGGCACCUCUUCUGUAGAGCACCUACAUUUGCAAUUACUGUAAAUGUGCAGUAUCACAUUGCAAAGUACUUUUACAACUGUGGAAAGGUUCAUAAUGCUCCAUAUGGUGGUCAUUCUUGCCUCCAUGGUAGUGUGUAUAUGAACUGAGAACAGCAGAAAGAAAGCUGUAAGAGGUCAUUGGCUGGCUGUAGCUUGAUGCUUAAGUAUCAGGCCAUACUAUGAAAUCCCCCUCCUGGCCAGUCAUGUCCAGGGUUUUGAGAUCAAUUGUCAUAGCUCACUUGUCUCUCCAGCAAAUGCCAGACUUGAAUCACUGUGUCUUUCAAGGAGAGACACUAACAGCUAGUGCAGGCCACUCUUCAUCAUCUCUUGUCUUUUUUAGAGUGAUGUCUUCUCAAGUACAAGGCUGCUGUGCUGCACCACAAUUCUUAAAGAGGUCACAGGCCAAGAGAACAAGUCAUAUCUCAACUUUGAGCACUCAGUCUUCGUAUAAAGUAACACAAGUGUGCUCAGCAUGACCUAUUUCCAGUGUAAGCUGUGAUAGUGUGGCCAUAGGUGCCUGGCCUCUUGGUGGCAGUGUGGUGAAUAUGCCUUAGAGUAGAACUCUGGGAUUAUUCACAAUAACAAGUAACAAAAAGUAAUUAGCAUAAACAUUUUGCAAACAUUUUACGUUUUUACUAGUUUCUGUAUUUGCUUUAGAUAUCUAAAUUUUUUAUUUAGUUGUGUAAUAAGAACUUCCGUUCCAAGCUUUUUAACAAGUUGAGGGAUUGGAGUCCAAGUUUGUAGAGUUUUGAUUGGACUCCAUUAAAUAAUUUAUUUAUUUUAUUAGGGUGACCACCACCAUUGUUUAGGUAGCACUCAAUCUACCAAAGUGAGCAGAAACAAUUGGUCCUUUAUGUAUUGACAUGAUGACCACCAUAUAUAACAAAACCAUAAAUUUUUUUAUUCAGUCAUGAGUUCUCAUGCAUUAAUUACUUGAAUGGGAAUAUAUAUGCAUAGCACAUAUCAGCUGUAAUGUGAAAUAUGGCCACACAAGUUUGCCUGAAACUACAGUGGAGACUCACUUAAUUUGUUCCAAAUGGCUGUUCGAGUAUUAAAAAGUUCAACUAGUGAUACCUUUAAAUUAAUUCUAAUCUUAGCAAAACCAAUUUUAUCCACGAAAAUGUAAUCACUUUUCUCCUGGUGUGAUUCCUGUAAAACCACUAGUGGAGGGCUGUGGCUCACUAACACUUGCACUCAGUAAAUUCCUUAUUUUCAUCACUAAUAAGCCUCUUUGGUGCCAUCCAAAGUUUCUACAUGAAAUACUAUUGACAACGCAGAAGAAUGUUGUUUUUCCCAAGACAUGGCAUGACUAGGGAUGCACACCAGUACCCGAUACACCAGUAUUACCAAUAAUACGGUGUCAGAACAGUGACGGCUGCGAGAAGGGAGAUGACAGAGCUUUGUAUAUGAGCAAAUGUGCAACCGUUUGAUUACCAGACAUUUUCACCACUAAUAAGCCUUUGGUGUUAAUGUUGUUUAUAAAUGAGACUACAGAUAGAAUGCACAAGAAUGUUAUUUUCAUAACCGGCAGCACAAGUCACAACUGGCAGAGGGGGAAAGGGGGUAUGCCAGGGAGCCUUUGUUUACAACACCCGUGUGUCGAUGUUCAACCAUCAGAUAUUUUUUCAAAUAUGAAAUCGAACUUUUGCAUUCAAGUAUUGAAAAGUUUGAGUAUUUAGAUGUUUAAGUAUUGAGUCUCCACUGUAUUUCCUUGGAAUGUUGUUCCUUUGGUCUGCUGCGACGGUAAGCAUCUCUUAUCCAUUCCUGGAAUCUAAUCCCCUUCUUGGACUUUACCAUCUUCUGACGUGCCUCUGUCAUUUAUCUAACUCGUGUGAUCUUCCUCAUGCCUCAACUCCAUUCUUAAGAUUUUGUUACUUUUUACAUUAAUUUCCCUUGGUUCUUUUAUUGUCAACCCAAAACUAUGUAAGAAGUCUUCGAAGACCAACAGGUAAACUCCACAUGAAAAUAAGACGAUAUUCUCACACCCCAUUCUGUAUCAUAAUAAACUUUUUGCCAUGUUGGUAAGGAGAUAUGGAGGUUUUGUUGCUAAAUAGAGAUGGCACAAUACUUUCAAUGCAUGUAAAGUUCAGAUUAUUAGUGAUAAAAAGUGUGACUUUAAAUUAGGGCAUAGGGUACAUGUCGAAAGAAUAUUCUCAUUCAUGUUUGCACAAAUUAUUGUGGUACAUUUGGAGGUACUGUUAUUAAGAAUGCAGGGAAGGGGUGACUUAACUGCUAAUGUGUUGCAGUGUUCACAAUUUCUAAAAGAAAUCAGUAUGUGCCUCUCUGGGACCAGGAGAUACUUAAUUGGGGUGCAAGGCAUCAAAUAUAACAACAUGAUAGGGUGCUGUAUUGUCAGUUUUGCCCAGUCCCUCUGAAAAUGUAAUAGUCAGUUCAGCCUACUGAAAGUCUAACAUUAGGGCAGAAGUUGAUUUCUUAAUUUAUGGUACAUUGAACAGAUGAGGCAGCAUGCUCUAAACUUCUAAAGCAUUAGUGAAUCAAAUAGACUUUGUACAUAAAACUACUAUUUUCAUUCAGUGAUAAAGUAUUUGGUACACUAAUGCUACACGAAAGCAUUUGUGAACAUUGCCAAUGGAUGUACAGUUGCCCUUCUGAAAUUAAAAUGUAAUUGGGGAUUUACAAUGUGGGAUUUCAUAGUCUAGUCAAAAGUAUUGUACUUCCUGAUUGGAGGAUCCAUUAUUUAUGGCAACAAGAUCAUGAACUAUUUCAGCCACAGCGUCUUCCAUGACGUCUCUGCAUCCCUCAUCUUUGUGCCGCUGUAUCACAGCUUCCUUCUCGGCAUGCCUUGGCACAUAUUGGAGAGCAGUAACCUACCGCAAAUUUUUCCACAUCCUGAUUUAUUAUUGUACAAUAACAUCUUGUGAGGAUCCUUUGUGUGUUAAUUGGCUAAAAUGAAAGAGCACUUUAUCUGAGACUAUUAUGCAGAUCAUGAGCAUUGAGUUUGUGAAAUAAGUGAACAGUUGGCAAUGUUCAGGACAAGUUAAGUGUUAGCCACAAUUCAUAUAGAAAGGAAUGGCAUAUCUGAAACUAAAAUAAAAGUUCUGGCACCACGGAGGACUAUUGCCAUCUCAAAGCAACCUGUGGUCUUUAUAUCAGAAUCCAAUGCACAUUUUGUUUCCAGGGGCACCCAAGACCCAUUUUAAAUUUAGACCUAUCACAAUUUCCUUACUUUCUGAAAUGCUGUGAUCAACACUUGACUUGUCCUGGAUUUUGCCAGCUGUUCAGUUGUUUCUGUAACAGAAAGGUGUGCUUCCUUGAGGCUCAUGAUCUUCCUAACAGUUUCAGAUGAUUACACUAGUGUUUGCCAUACAAGCAAAUAAUAUAUAAUCACAAGUUCUUACUGUGCAAUAAUAAGUCAAUAAUAUACAGAAAAAAGUUGCUGCAGAUCACUGCUCUCAACCUAGCCACAAGGCACACUGAGAUAAGGAUGAUACAAGUCAGCGGCACAAAACUCAGGGAUGCAGUGAAGUCAUGCCAGGAUGAAAUUCUUUUAAUUUCCUCCUAAGAUGACAUGACCAGUAAUUUUCUAUAGGAUUUGUUACACAAAUGGAAGUAAAAAUCUGCUGUUGUGGUAGUGGAAGCUUACAAAAAUUAAUAAAGUGUCCAGCUCCUAUUGAAAUGAAAACUGUAUCUGGGAUAUAUAGAAUUACCUCUAUCAGUACCUCAUUCUUUUGUGCAUUGCCACUUUCAAAACUAUUCCAUACAGUAUUUUUAGUAUUUCCAGAUAAUCCUCCAAACAUGAAAAUCUCCAAGUUUUAAGAGGCUUCCCAAGAUGUAUGUUAUUGUCCUCUAUUCUAAUAGACUUGAUUCAUUUUUCCAAUGCAUGUGUGCAGUCACCUGCACUGUCUGCUCUACUGAUGCCUCUUCACCAAUACAGCCAGUUAGAUCUAGGCCUCAGAUAACUUCAUAUUGACUCAUCACCCUCUCUUAUCUUAAAGGUGUGAAUCUAAACAUAUUGAUCAUGCAUUGCAGUGAACACCAAUGGCUAAGAGACAAGAUUGGCUACAGUUGGUAGAAGGUAAUGGAGCCAACACGCUACACAUUAUUUCAACUUCGUUCCACCAAUGUACAUGCAAGACCCAAACACUAUCUAUUUACCAUCCAAUUUACAUCCUACAUUCUUACACUUUCGUUGUAUGCAUUUUCUUUUGAUUUCAUUCUAGUUAUUGCAUGUUUUAAGUAAAAAAUUAUGUUCUUAUUCAUUCCUCUGGAUUCAUCCUCGUGAACACUUCAUCAUCUUUUGUGCAUACUCGUGUAUUUUUGUAAGUUACCAAGUGAGCAUGAUGAAAUUAAGGGUGGGAAGGGAGACACUUGUUUUGAGCUCAUGUUAAAACUAUUAUAAGACAUGGGUAAUAAAUACUAUAACCUUA